UUUGACCUGAGUAUACACGUCACUGAAUCCGAUGACAGUGGAUGCGCACACGUCGACCUUCGAGCACCACAACGCGUUUUUACCAAAUAUGAUGCAAAGAUACUGUUGGAUAUCUACAUUCACGUCGUGACUGAAAUGCAGGGUUGCCUCUCGUCAAGACUGAAGGAUUUGCCGUUAUUCGACCCUGCGCAAGGAUUGCAUACAGUUCACUAUGGAAUGGGACCAAAAAUGGAACACGACUGGCCAGCUACCUUGCUGCACAAGAUCGACGAGAUGGCAGACAUCUUUCCGGAAUGUACUGCCGUCAAAGACAGCCGAGGCAACCGGAUGACAUACUCUCAGCUACUCCAACGCGUUAGUGUCAUCGCUACCUCAUUGCUUAAAGACAACCUCACAAAGGGAUCGCGAGUAGCGGUUUACUGCGAUCCCAGCUUGGACUCCCUUUGUUCGCUGCUAGCCAUCACACGAAUCGGAUGUAUUUAUCUCCCCCUAGAUCUACGCAACCCAUCCCAGCGACUUGCUUCAAUCGUCGGGGACUGUGAUCCCUCAGUCAUCAUAUUUCACCAGUGGACCGCUUGGAGUGUGAAUGAGCUGCAUUCUGCCGCCAAGCUCCUGAACAUUUCAUCCCUCCCAACUGAAAGUAUCGACAGGUCCCCCAUAAAAUGCACGCCAUCCGAUCCUGCAUUCAUACUAUAUACUAGCGGCUCUACCGGUCGUCCGAAAGGAGUUUUGAUAAGUCAUGGGAACUUCCUAGGCCAGAUCACCGCAGUGCAUAGGGAGUUUAGCCUUGACCGAGAAAGGGUGCUCCAGCAAAGCUCCCUAGGAUUUGACACUUCGUUGCAUCAAAUAUUCGUUGCGCUGACCACUGGUGGAGCUGUCAUAAUUGCCACGCGAGAUAUAAGGGGAGAUCCACCGAGGCUCUCUGAGCUUAUGCUUGCGGAGCGUGUUACAUUUACUGUCGGCGUGCCUUCGGAAUACUCUGUCCUGCUUCGGUAUGGGAACCGGCAGCUGAGGCAAUAUUCUGACUGGAAAUACGCCGUGUGUGGAGGCGAGCGCAUGACCGUCUCGCUCAAGAAAGAAUUCCGCGCGCUGGGGGAAUCUGGUCCGAUUCUGCUCAGUUGCUAUGGGCCGACCGAGGUCUCCCUUGCGUCCUCUUUUGGCAUUCUCUCGUACUCCGACCCACAGCUCGGCGCGGAUGAGGAGGACAGCCCAGUUGGGUUCACAUUGCCCAAUUACAGUGUCUAUAUUUUGGACCACAAUAUGAUGCCGGUUCCUCCAGGCUUUCCUGGAGAAAUUUACAUUGGGGGUGUUGGAGUUGCAUGUGGCUAUCUCCAUAAUGAUAAACUAUCUCGGGAGAGAUUUCUUCCGGAUCCCUUUGCUAGCCGGGAGUAUUCCCAAAGAGGAUGGAAUCGCAUGUACAGGACUGGAGAUAAAGGUCGACUCCUGCCAGACGGCGCCUUGGCUUUUCUAGGGCGCAUCGAGGGAGACUCCCAAGUGAAGCUCCGAGGCAUUCGAAUCGAACUAGAGGAAGUCUCCAAGAUUAUCCUUGAGACGUCGGAAGGAAUUCUUCACCAAGCAGCUGUGAUCGUCAAGGGAUCGGAAAACCAGUACAUGGUAGCAUUUGUGACAUUUUCCCCAGGUCGCCGGCCUACGGAUACAAGUUCUUAUGUCAAGAAACUUCUCGACAUGCUCCCUAUCCCGAUCUAUAUGAGGCCGGCAGCGUUAGUUCCUCUGCAGACCCUGCCACUGAACGUCAAUGGAAAGCUUGAUAGACGAGCGUUGCAUUCAAUAAACAUCGGGGAAGCUCAACCUACCAAGGCUGAGGUGGAAGGAACCGUUACAGAAAUGCGUUUGAAAGGUUUGUGGGAGGAAGUCCUUGGCGAAUGUCAUUUGCGAGACGGCUUCCAAAUCGCUCCUGAUUCGGACUUCUUCCAAGUGGGGGGAAAUUCCAUUCUCCUCGCGAAGCUGCAGAGACUGAUAUACGAUAUUUUUGGAGUGACCAUAGGAUAUCCGGAUAUGUUUCUAGCCAGCGUUCUUCGUGAGAUGGCGGGCAGAAUCGAUAGCAACUACAAGACCGAAGUUUCUCCCUCAAUCAACUGGAGCCGAGAGAUUGAUGAAUAUUUUGAUCAGAUUCAGAAGCCUAUCGAUCACAAACCGAGCCCUGGAAAGCAGGUUUUAUUAACUGGCUCAACCGGAUUCCUAGGAAGCCACCUCCUUCGCCAGCUCGUUCAGAGUCCCAGCGUGGUGAAAAUCCACGCCGUCGCGAUCCGGCGUCAUCAUCUCACGAACCAGCCUGACGAGUUAGUGCCAAGCAUCGCGGGAACCUCGUCCAUGAAGAUCAAAAUAUGGCCAGGCGACCUACGACUUCCUUACCUCGGGCUCUCUCCUCGCGAGCUCGACUAUCUUGCAGACACGGUUGACGUUGUCAUCCAUAAUGGCGCCGAUGUCUCGUUCCUAAAAGCGUAUCGGACACUGCGUGGUCCCAACGUCCUUUCAACGGUCGAGCUCUGCCGCCUAGCGCUCAAGCGUCGCAUCCCUUUCCACUUCAUCUCCUCUGCAGGCGUCUUACGGCUUUCGCAUGAUCUGGACGCUGUUGGGGAGGUUUCCAUGGAAGCCUAUACCCCUCCAACCGACGGGUCCGACGGAUAUAUCGCGUCGAAAUGGGCGAGUGAGCAAGUUCUCGAGCGCUCGGCCAGCCAGCUCGGGCUGCGGGUUCACAUCCAUCGACCAACCACCAUCCUGGGUGACAGUGCUCCAAAAACGGACCUCAUCGCAAAUCUGGUGCGUUUCUCAAUGACCAUGAGAGCGGUUCCCAUAUUUCCUAGUGCAUGUGGAUUCAUUAACAUGGUACUCGCGGACGAUGUAGCAAGGGGCAUCCUUCAGGAGGUGUUGAAUUCG